ACCACCACAACUCUCUACAAAACAAGAAAACUACUCAACUUUCUUGUGCUUUCAGGAUCUUAAGUAAUCUUUUUAUCUUCAUACUUUGCUCAUCUUAAUUAAAAGAUCAUGGCUAUUCGCGUUCCUCGUAUAAUCAAGAAGUCAUCAACAUCCUUGGAUGUUCCCAAGGGUCAUUUUGUUGUAUAUGUUGGGGAGAAGCAGAGGAAGAGAUUUGUGAUACCGAUAUCAUACUUGAGUCAGCCUUCAUUUCAAGACUUGCUAAGUCAAGCAGAGGAAGAAUUUGGCUUCGAUCAUCCAAUGGGUGGUGUAACAAUUCCCUGCUCAGAGGACAUCUUCAUUCACAUCACUUCUCACUUUAGGAUUUAAAAAUAUAGUUGAGAAUUUUUUUCCCUUUUUAUAGGUCUCACAAUUUUGUUAAGGAAAUCCAUCUUGUACAGUUGAUUAGUUAGAAGUGAGUCUUAGCACCACAAAGUUUGGUGCUUUUUUACUCACAAAUUAAAGAAAAUACUUCAAUGAAUACAGAUACCAAAAUUUGUUU